CCUCUACCGUCGCCCUCCCCUCCUGCCUCUGCUUAAAGGAGGCAGUGCUGCUCCGCUCCGCUCCCACAACCGGCCGCUCUGUGAUGGACCGCUGACCCACCGACACCAGCUCCUGCCUCGCAUCCAGGACCCUCCAUCCGGGCCGGGGGGGCCCCGCGCUGCAGGAUCUCCUCCUGAUUUGGGAUCUUCGUGCUUCUAUGGGACCCGGAGGCGCAUCUGCUGCUCAGCGACUGGACGCCGGAGCGCCGCUCCGAUUCUUCUCCGUCUGCCGGAUCUGAGGCGCAGCUUCGGGAGGAAACGGGAUUAAAGGCCAGAAGCGGCGCGCGACCAUGGAUUAACGCCCUAGAGAAUCCUCAUCUGCAAGGUUCCCCAUGUUGAACAUGUCCACCCCCAGUGAGCUGAAGUCUCCCUGCAUGACUCGCAAUGGAAUGGUGAAGCUGCCCCCCAGCCAGCCUAACGGACUGGGCAGCGCCAGCAUCACCAAAGGGACGCCGGCCGCUAAGAACCGCCUAUGCCAGUCCUCCUCCGUCCCCUCCAUCCUGCCUCCUCCACCGUCCUCCCUCCCCUACCACCACCACCUGCACCAUCUGGACGGCUCCGGCCUGCCGCACGCCGCCGCCCCCCUGCUGCCGUCCGACCUGGAGCCGGGGAAACCUCUGGUGGGACUGAAGCCGUCUCUCCGUCACCUUCACCCGAUCACUUUGCCUAAACCUGUGCUGCUGGAGCGGCAGCUGGUCCUGGACGAGAAGCUCCUCAACCGCCUGCUGUGGUACUUCACCACCGCGGAGAAAUGUGUGCUGGCUCAGGUGUGCAAGACGUGGCGGAAGGUGCUGUACCAGCCCAAGUUCUGGGAGGGUGUGACGCCCAUCUUGCACGCCAAGGAGCUUUACAACAUCCUCCCCAACGGAGAGAAGGAGUUUGUCAGCCUGCAGGCCUUUGCUCUGCGCGGCUUCCAGUCCUUCUGCCUGGUCGGCGUUUCGGACCUCGACAUCUGUGAGUUUAUUGACAACUACCCGCUGUCCAAGAAGGGCGUCCGUUAUCUCAGCCUCAAGAGGUCCACCAUCACAGACGCUGGCUUGGAGGUCAUGCUGGAGCAAAUGCAAGGCCUGAUGCAUCUGGAGCUGUCAGGAUGCAACGACUUCACAGAAGCCGGCCUGUGGUCCAGCCUCAACGCCAGGCUGACCUCCCUCAGCGUCAGCGACUGCAUCAAUGUGGCCGAUGACGCCAUCGCUGCUAUCUCCCAGCUCCUGCCCAACCUGUCAGAGCUGAGCCUGCAGGCCUACCACGUCACUGACACAGCCAUGGCCUACUUCACAGCCAAACAGGGCUACACCACCCACACUCUACGGCUGCAGUCCUGCUGGGAGAUCACCAACCAUGGGGUGGUGAACAUGGUCCACAGUCUCCCCAACCUGACCGCCCUCAGCCUCUCUGGCUGCUCCAAGAUCACGGACGACGGCGUGGAGCUGGUGGCCGAGAACCUGAGGAAGCUCCGCAGCCUGGACCUGUCCUGGUGCCCCCGGAUCACGGACAUGGCCCUGGAGUACAUCGCCUGUGACCUGCACAAACUGGAGGAACUGGUGCUGGACAGGUGUGUGCGGAUCACUGACACGGGGCUGGGUUACCUGUCCACCAUGUCGUCCUUGAGAAGCCUUUAUCUGCGCUGGUGCUGUCAGGUGCAAGAUUUCGGUCUGCAGCAUUUGUUUGGAAUGAGAAGCCUUCGUCUUCUGUCUCUUGCAGGCUGCCCCCUGCUGACCACGACCGGCCUGUCAGGCCUCAUCCAGCUGCAGGAGCUAGAAGAACUGGAGCUGACCAACUGUCCUGGAGCCACCGCCGAGCUCUUCAAGUACUACGCCCAGCACCUGCCCCACUGCAUGGUCAUCGAAUAAGACCGCCCAGCCCUCAUCAGACUGACCACCUCCUUCAACCUCGUCCUUUUCACACUGACCUGUUCCUGCAUUGUUCCUCCUCCCCUGCCCCACCACACUUCACCCACCGCCCCCCUCAGCCACCUGAACGGAGAGGCAGGAAGAUACAGGAAGGGACCCGCUGCGGAUAAAGGCAAGGAUGGCGUCUGAGCUUUGCUUUAGAAGAUGCGUGAAGAACUUGAUGAGACGUCUUGUCUGACAGCAAGUUUUCACGAUGAAGGGAAGGCUGUUAGUCCCGGAGGAGCCUCUCUGCCGACCUGGAGGGAGUUUUUUAAUAGAAAAGUUGGAGAAGGGAGUUCAGAGCCAGAAGUUCUGAAGAGGAAGUUCAAAACUUUUUGUUUGAUGAAGAUAAAGAGUUUUUUUAGCCGUUUAAACUCACACAUAAGCUCAUAAACUGAAACCUAUUCUAUAUGUAAAUGAAGCGAAUAUAACUCCUGGAGAUCAUGAGUGCUGACAACCCCCCACUCCAUCCUGUAAUAUACCUGCUGUCCACCCCCGCCCCCCGGGUUCUCAGAAGGAACCGAAGGUUUAGUUUUGUUUCGUUUAGAAGACUUUGCUUUCCGGCUGAAGGAACCGGACAGAACCGCUUCUGUCUGCGUCAGACUCGCAGCUUCCCGUCUUCAGGAUCAGCGUUUCCCCCGAUUUCUUAUUGAACUGAAAUCCCCCAAAAACCAACAGACAAAACAAAAAAAAUUAAAA